GUAGGAGUGUCCUCAGGGUGAACGUUUUCUUCAACCUAAAACUUGUGUGCGCUGCCCUGACAGGAAAUGACAACAAUGAGGAAUGCAGUGGUGUGUACGCUUUGGCUGCUAAACAUGGCUGUUGCAGUGGAUGAGACAGGAGGAUCUGAGGCAAAAGACAACAUUGCUCUAAAUCCCACCAGUUCUUAUGUGGGUAAAUUGUUGGUGAUACCAAUGGAUGGGAGUCACUGGGUGGCUAUGAAGGCCAUUGCUCAAGAAAUGGGUCGGCGUGGACACAGUGUUACUGUUGUGAUGCCUGAGAUCACCAUACUAAUUGGUCCAGGGGAGCACUAUGAGACGCUGACCUACCCUCUUCCAUAUGACAAGGCAUUUGUUGACUAUGUGAUGUCCAAAAACGAAGACAUGCUGCAAAAAUCGGAAGGGUCUUUCAUCGAGAGAAUUCAGGAAAAAUUCUCACAAAUACAGAGAAUUGCAGAAUUGCUUCACACGACUGCAGAAAGUCUUCUGUUUAAUGCCAGUCUUGUCACACAUUUGUCCCAACAAGGAUUUGAUGCUGUCCUUACUGACCCCAUGGUGCCUACAGGCUCUUUAAUAGCUCGGAAAUUAGGUAUUCCCUCAGUUAAUUUACUGAGGGGAAUUCCGUGUUUUUUGGACAUGCAAGCUGCUGGGUGUCCAUCGCCACCUUCCUAUGUUCCACGCUUCUUCACUGGCUUUACAGAUAAAAUGGACUUCAGGCAAAGAGUCCUCAACACACUGGUGAGUGCGCUAGAGCCGCUCCUUUGUCGACUCUUAUAUUGGCGUUUUGAUCGUAUUGCUUCGGAGUUCCUGGAAGAGGAUGUGGGUGUAGCUGAGGUGCUGUCAGACUCUGCAAUCUGGCUGCAUAGGAUUGAUUUCACACUGGAGUACCCGCGGCCAUUAAUGCCGAAUAUGGUGCCAGUUGGGGGCAUCAACUGCAACGUGAGGAAUCCUCUGCCAAAAGAUUUGGAGCCCUGGGUGUCAGGAAAACAUGGAUUUGUUGUGUUCACACUGGGCACUGCAUUGAAAAAAAUGCCAAAUGAAAUAACCCAAGUCUUCUUUGAAGCAUUCAGACAGAUUCCACAGAAGGUUAUAUGGAGAUAUUCUGGACUGGUUCCUGAUAAUACACCAGAAAACGUAAAGAUGAUGAGCUGGGUGCCCCAGAACGACUUACUCGCUCAUCCUGGAGUUCGAGCCUUCAUCACUCAUGCUGGCUCACAUGGUCUCUUUGAGGGACUUUGUCAUGCCGUACCCAUGGUGAUGGUACCACUUGGCGGGGACCAGCCUGACAAUGCAGCAAGAAUAGCAAGUAGAGGAGGCGGAGUAGUGUUGGAUAUAUUAACCAUCACUGCUGAAGACCUUCUGCAAAGACUGAAUGAGGUCAUUGGUGAUACUAGGUACAAAGAGAACAUGAAGAAGCUGUCGGCGUUACACAAAGAUCGUCCUAUUGACCCACUCGACCUGUCUGUAUAUUGGACCGAAUUUGUAAUGCGGCAUAAAGGUGCCGAACAUCUUAAAGCAGCUGCCCAUGACCUCACUUGGUUCCAAUACUUUUGUCUGGAUGUUAUCGCUCUACUUGCUACAACUGCAUUGAUUUUGAUGAUCUUGACAGUUAAAUGUUUAAGGUUCUGCUGGCACAAACUGAGCAGAAAGAAGAAGCAAGACUAGUUUUAUGAAUGAAAAAACAAACAAAAAAACUGCAUUAAGGUGAAGGUACGAGGUGAAUGAUAAUAGAGAUAUUUAAUGAAUGUAAAUUCAGAAUAGCAUUAGGAUCAAAUAACAUUUUAACUGGUACAAGAGUGGAAACCACUGUGCAUUAGUGGGAACCCUUCUUUGGUGGGAAGAAGGCAUACUCAACAGCCAGUGCAACAGUAAAGGCAGCAAAGCCCCACUUGAAUCCCCUCAGCAGGACAUCGGAGAGAGUCACAGCACGAGCAAAGCCACCAGCGUACCUCCAUGCUUCGUUACUAAACAGUGAGAGACAGGGCUGUGUAAGCAAUUGCAGCACAAUAUCCUACAAGUAGUCUUAAAAUUUCUUACCGGGCCCAUGGGUCUUUGAGGCCCCUGGCUGCCAACCUCUGCUGUGUAAACUCCAAGGGAGUUCCCUCCGUCUUCCACUGCCGCCAGUCAGGCAUGGACAACUUGCUGGGGCCAUGGUCACCUCCCAUACUGAUGAGUGCAUAAAUAUUUGCAUGUUUACAUUCAAAGUCCAGUCCCAACACAAAUUCCUGAAUGUAUGGUGACCAAAUUAUGUUGCCCUGGAAGUAUUUGUUUUGUUUAUGAUUGUCUGACAAAAUUAAACAUGUACAUUGAUUUGAAUGUUAUUGCUACUUGUCAUUUGAAAAAUAUAUUUCAAUGCACAAGUAUACUAUUUCUUACUCUUACUACACAGUUAGAAUAUUUGAGGACAAUUUGAACUGCUAUUCUUGUACACUUGCAUAUAUGUGCUUUACAAAAGAAAUUCACUACAUACAAUACAAGUUGUUCAAAAAUUACUGAAAUAUAUGUCAAAGAUUGGAGAAGGGAAAAUAGGAUCACCUCAAAUGAUGAUGCAUUUUCACCAGCAUAUACAGUACUACACAAAACUUUGAAUAUCAAGAAAAUGUUUAACUUUGACAAUUUAACCAAAAUUGAAACCUACAAAUUCUUUGAGGAAAUAUGUUGAUUCACAUUUUAUUCAUUCAAAAGUUAAAUUUCGGAGUAGUUUCUGCAUUUGACUAAUCGUGUGUGUGGUAGACCCGGGCGGUAUACCGAAAAUUUGCCGUUAUCGACAUUCUUCACGAUGACUGAGGUAAUUUUGACCAUGUCGGUAAAUUCGGUAAUUUGAUAAAACAAGAAAAUAUAGUCUUUUCAUCCCGCUUUGACUCUGCGUUGUUCGGCGAUGUUCAUUUUUAGGCUAACGCUAGCGGUUAACGCUACAAGCAAACGUGAUGGAAUUGAGCUUAAGGGAGCUUCACCAAACUUUCCCCCAACGUUUAGUAGACACUUGCUGGCCUCCAGAAGGGCUUUCACCCGCUCUCCUCUCUGGUUCUCACGAUUUCAGGAGAGGGUGCUUUCAGUGUUUUCUACUGGUAGCCAGGCUAUAUGUUAAUGCCAGCAGCUAACGCUACAAAUUAACGUGAUGGAGUCUGAUAGCGGCUUUAACCUUGUCGAAACGGCUGAACUUAAUGAGUGGAUUGGGCACGGACUGCAUCUAGCAAUCGGUAUGUCGCGUUAUUUUGUAUCUCUGUGUGUGUUUGUUUGUCAUUUCUCUGAUAACUUUUAUAAUGAUAAAGCAUUUCAGCAUAAAGUAUAAUACAAGAGUGACGCCUAUAAUAUGACCGUUUAAUGGCCACAGCUAUUUUUCUGUAUGUGCUUGCUUUAGUCCGUGUCAUUACUGGCAUUAUUGUCAUAGAAGCGAUAUAGCGUUAAUGUUGUUGUGUCUGUGUGAGGUGCGCAUGUGUGCGUGCAUGUAUUUAAAAGAUGCUCUGGAAAAAAAAACCUGAAAUCUUGAAGUAAACACUUGUGUUGAGUAAUUAUAUCACAGCAGCCAUUAACAAUAAGUUGUCUGUUUGAAGUGUAAUAUUCAAGCUGUAAGUCAUUUGUGUUACAAUGACAUGUUUGCACAGUCGUCGUAUUGAUUUUUAUAAUGUUGUACAUUGUUCAAGUCAUACAAGCCGUUAUAAAUGAUCA